AUGAAACUCGCCAAAUUCAAUCCAAAACGUUUGUUCAGAUCCAAAGAUCCAUCCACAGUUUCUAAAUCCGGCUCUUCCUUCGGAUCCGCUUCCUCCUCCUCUUCCGGCGCCGACUGUAAAAAUCCACCCGUCGUCGUCACCGGCGGUUCCGUCACGCCGACUAGCAUUCUCCCGGAGGUCUCCGGCUCCGGCGAUCCUUCUCCCUAUUCGUACGUCGAGAUCCUCCAGGCGUUUAAGCUGAUCGACAGAGACAACGACGGAGCCGUCUCGAGACACGAUCUGGAGUCGCUGCUAAGCCGUCUCGGACCUGAUCCGCCGACGAAGGAGGAGAUCGACGUCAUGCUCCGGGAGGUGGAUCGCGACGGCGACGGUACGAUCCGUCUGGAGGAGCUCGCCAGCCGCGUCGUCUCGUCGGAUCAGGCUCGCGAUUCGACUGAGCUGAAGGAGACGUUCGAGUUCUUCGACACGGAUCGCGACGGUUUUAUCACGGCGGAGGAGCUUCUCCGGGUUUUCUCGACCAUUGGAGACGAGCGGUGCACGUUAGACGAUUGCAAGCGCAUGAUAGCUUCUGUUGACGACGACGGUAACGGAUCCGUAUGCUUCGCCGAGUUCUCCCGAAUGAUGGAUCUCCCGCGUUGA